AUGGGUAACCAAUCUACAAAAUCAUCACACGGUACCACACGGGUAUCUCAUUCAAAAUCCACUCAUCAUAAUUCAAGUAGAGUAACUUCUGACGUUAUUCCGAGAUCAGCAUCAGCUAUCUCUUCCCAUGACCGGUAUUACUCGGAAUCCCACUCAUCAUCUCCUCCAGCAGUUUGUCCAGUUUCUGCUCCUGGAAAAUAUCGUCACGUGAAGGGGAAAGAUGUACCGCCCAUCAGUUUGGCAGACGAAUAUAACAAUUCGGAUGAUGAAGUUUUCUGUUCUACUAGAUCUUCCAACCAGUCUCCGCUUGCCAAUUCAGACAACAAACGACAAAAAAUGGGGUCAACAGAAAAUCGUCGAUCCGUCGAUUCCGAAAAUUCAGACUUUUUAGAAGCAGUAACUCCUCGAAGCCACAUAUCUGUGAAACGGACAGUUAGCAGUGGAAUGGAACAUGCUGCCGAUCAUCCGAACAUGCAAAAAAGUAGCUCAUUGAAGUUCACUAGGGGUGGAGUUCGGAAUGAAACAAAAGAAACUACACCAUCAACAAGUUCCAACCCAACCAUAUUCCCCUGCAUCCAUCAGUUCCUUCAUCUCACUCAACCUCAAAUUUUGUUUGUGAGAAAAACCUGGAAUCAUGCGAGAAAUCAAGGGGCACUGGAACCCGCAAUUAGUAUAUUCCGUAAUUCGUUUUUCAAAAAUCCUGAAAUCAGACAAAUGAUCAUGUUUGGAACGAAAAACGAGGGUCAUGAGAGGUUAAAGAGACACGCUCAGUUAUUCACAGUUUUGAUGGAUGACCUGAUUACAAAUCUAGAUUCACCAUCAGCUACGGUAGCAGGCCUACGAGAGGCUGGAGAAAAACAUGUGUGGCAUGUAAAGAAUCAGUACGGUUGCCCAUUCCAUGCUCAUCUUAUGGAUCAAUUUGCCACGGCUAUGAUUGAAAGAACACUAGAAUGGGGAGAGAAGAAAGAUCGAACUGAGACAACGCAAAGAGGAUGGACCAAAAUUGUGUUAUUUGUGACGGAACAGUUGAAAGAAGGAUUCCAGGACGAGCAGAAACGAGCGAGAAGAAAGAAAGCUCAAAUGAGUAAUUCUUUCGAAAUCUCAUCGAAAGUGAAACAAAGUGACAUGAAACGAUUUCAUACAGUGGACAAUAAUGUCAACUCAAUUAUUCCGGAUGGAAUCGUUCGCGAAAGACGUCAGUUCUUUGUGUCGAAUGAUUUGAACAUGACGAAUGAUAAUGGCCAGCAGCAAAAGUUCGAGGGAUACACUCACAAAAGUGUUCUGGAUUAUUAUGCACCCGGAAACAACAAAAACAAAUUGUAUCCAAUUGUCAAUACGAGAACACCAUCGAGACCAGCGAUUGUUUAUUUUGGAAAUGAACGCUCUGAUCAGAUUCACAGAAAUCAGAAUUUGAAUUUUCGAAAUGUAAAGAACCAUCCGUAUUUUGUGGUCAGAGUCCGAUCUCAUCCACCACCGUAUCAAGACACUGGACAGAAUACAUGGUCCCAAGACUGGAAUAUAGAUCACGAGGAUUCCAGGCGUUUUGAAACUUCUCGAAGCUCGCCUGUCAAACUAUGGAAUGAUAUGGACGAUAAUUCUCGGAAUUUUGAAAAAAUGAGUGUUACUUCCUCCAGAAGAGCAUCUGACGAUCAUUCAAGCACAAUGAGUGGAAGCUCUGAGAUCAUGUCUAUGCAUGACCAAAUCGUUCGUUUUUCUGCAAGCUCUUCUGCUCCAGAAGACACGACGACAAACUCUUUGUUGGCAGAAAAAGAGGCAACACUUGUUGUGAGACUCGAACAUGAACUCACUCAAGCUCAGAUAUGCACGUCACUUUCUAAGAACCAUCGAUUGAAUCAACAACUGAAAGUUCUUGCGAAUAGCAGUGACAAGGCGAUAAAGGUUGAGCUGGCAAAUGCGAAGGUGGGUUAA